AUGUCCACGACAAAGAGACAUCAGCUAACAACACCAGGAAGUUUAAACAAAACACUCAAAUCGAUAUAUGAAAAGCCACCAAUAGAUCGACAAUUACCAUCGGACAUUGUAUCAAAACCUACAACUACAAACAGUUCAGAUCGAUCUAAUAAAGUUCAAUCAGUAGUAAACUCUCCUAUACUACCUGCUAAAGAAUUGCCUGAUCUAAUAAUGGUUGGUGGUAGUAGUAAACUGGCACAUGAAGAAACGUUAACUAGUUGUAAAGCAACAGCUAUGAUUUACAAUGAUCAGCAAAAAAAAUGGUUACCAUGUGCCACAACGUCAAAUGGUCCAGCAAAAGUUCAGUUAUUAUAUUGUCAAGAUACAAAUACAUAUCGUAUCGUAGGUCGACAAAUUCAAGAUCAUGAAGUUGUUUUAAAUCAUAUGAUAACAAAAGGUAUCAAAUAUAAUCGUGCAACACCCACAUUUCAUCAAUGGCGUGAUCAAUUAUCAGUCUAUGGCUUAAACUUUAUGACUAAGACAGAAGCAGAUCAGUUUGGAACAUGUAUGGGUAAAAUUUUAGAAACUGUCAGCAAUAAUAAUAUUCCAACGAUACCGAUAGAAGUUAUUCAUAAUAACAAUAAUAAUGGAUUAUCUUCUAUUCCUGUUUCUUCUCCUUCCUUCCCAUCGUCAACAAUUUCUCGCAAUUCUACAAGUACAAAUAUAAAUACACGACAAUCAAGUCAGCCGCCCGUCACCCCCUCAAAUACUUCUUCUUCCUCUGCUAUAUCUUUACACGAUGACAAAAAUAAACAACAACCAUUGCUGAAUAAUAAUUCCGGCGAAAAACAACAGCAACAAAAUUACGGUACACAUUCACGUCAAAAUUCGAACUCAUCAUCAUCAAAUACAACAUAUUAUACCCCAAAUACACAACAGCAACAAUAUACGACGACAAAUAGUCAUAUUUCGUCACAAUCAAAUCAUAAUUCAUUAAACGAUGAGGAUGAAGCCAACAAUCAUUAUGCGUUAAUAUCGGAUUCAUUUUCUUAUACAGAUUCUUAUAAUAAUAAUCGAACAACUACUAAUACAGUUCCAAGACCUUCAUCACCGCAAAAAAUGGCCGCUGCUCCUCCACCUCCACCACCACCUCCUCCUCCUCCUCCUGGUGGUCUUUUCGCAGCACCAGCAGCAAAAGAUCAGCAAUCUCUAUUAAAUCCACCUAACAACAAUACGACUGUACGUAAAACCAGUACAACGGCAGGUCCACCAUCCAUGGAUCUUAUGACAGAAAUGCAACAGAAAAUAGCUUUGCGUCGACGACGAGUAGGCGAUUCUGAUAAAACCAGUACAGAUCAACCAGCUGCUGAAUCUACUUCUACAGGAAAAGUGAAUACAUUAAAACCAUCAACGGCUUCUAGUGCAGGAACAUCAAAUUCUACGACAAACGCUUCACUUGCUCCUACGUCACCUAGAGUCUCAAGAAAGACCGAUUCACUUUCAACAGGAGGACAAAUAAAUUUAACAUCAAACGAUAUCGAAAAAUUGAAGCAUGACAUAAUAAUCGAAAUUUUAAAACAAUAUUUGAUUAAGAGUAGCAUGAUGGACUUGAAUACUCAACGUAAAACUAUGCCUCGUUCAAUAAUAUUUCAAAAAAUGGAACGGAUUGUUAAAGCAAUGCAACAUCCAGAAAAUGGUGUCCCAGUUCGAAAUAAAAAAUUAUUUUUAACAACUGUGCCAAAUGCCUUCACGGGUAGUGAUAUAACCGAAUGGAUGAUGGAUAAACUCAACAUAAAAGAUCCUUUAGAAGCAUUACACUUGGCUACGUUACUUUGCCAAUAUGGUUAUUUUUUUCAUGUAACAACAAAUGGUGCAAUACAAAUCAAAGAAGAUGGUGAAUUAUUUCGUUUUCAGGCUCCAUAUUUCUGGGUGUCAACAAAUUGGACAAUAGGAAAUUCAGACUACGCAAUUUAUUUAACGAAGCGAAGCUUAAGAGAUCAUCAACGAUAUGGCUUAGACGAAUAUGAAACUACAGUAGUCAGAUCUGGUAUUUAUCUUUGUAUUCAGCGUGUCUUGGAGAACCUAAAGAAAAAACUGCUUCACCAAUGGGAUUUUGUUACCAUGCAAGCCGAAUCUCAAUUCAAAGUUUUGAGAGAUCGUAAAAAAACGGAUAAGACAAUUAUUGACAGUCAAGAACGUGCAUUCUGGAGUGUUAUGCGACCAUUGCCUGAUGAAACAUCUGUCCUACAGACGGACAUUCGAAAUGAUUUGUAUACCUAUCGGCCGAUGAAACGAGAAGAUGCGGUAAAAAAACGAAUUGAAUACCUUCAACAAGCUCUUAGCAACAGAGUUCGUACAAAAGUUUCUCAAACUCAUCAGAGUUUAUGUGCAUAUUUUGAAAUAUUUUCCGAUUAUGAUCCGUUUCUUGGACAUUGUCAACCGUCGAACCCAUGGAUUACAGAAGAUACGUUAAUGUGGGAUGUUCUGGCACCACUUGUUGACAAUCCUGUUCAAUUGCGUGUUCGUCGUUGGUCAUUUAAUGUGAAAGAAUUAUUGCGUGAUGAAACGGGUGUUCGACAAUUUAUGAAAUUUUGUGAAGUAGAAUUUUCAACAGAAAGUCUUAAUUUUUAUACUCAAGUACAAGAAAUACGGAAGUGUCCAUUAAGUCAACUUAAACAAAAAGCUGAAAUACUCUAUCGUGAACAUUUGGCCCCGAAUGCGCCACAUGAAGUCAAUAUCAAUGAUAUGAUCAGAAGUAAAAUUAUUAAGCAAUUACAUAAUCCAAGCAGGGAUAUUUUUCUUGAAGCUGAAAGACAUAUUAUCGAAUUAAUUAAAAAGAAUAGUUAUCCACGUUUUAUUCAAUCAGAAUACUAUCAGCAAUUGUUGAUGAAUGCUCCGAAUCCGAUGCCAAAGAAAAAUGGGAUAUUUCAUUUCGUCAAAGGCAAUUACGUUCGUACGUCAGACUCAUCAAGUUCGGAUUAUGACUCUGAUGACUCAGAAGAUCCUAAUCGCAAGCACAAUGUGGUAGUUGGUAGCGGUGACAAGGAAACAAAACAACAAAAUAUUACAGUAACAUCACAACCAACGAGCAGACCGGGUAUUGCUGCAGCGGUAACAAUAGCAUCAAAUGUGGUAGACAAACGUUGA